GAAAGGGGGAAAGGAACGGUGAAGGGGAGGAGAAAGGGGAGAGAGGGAAGGGGGAAGAGAAGGAGGAAGGGAAGGAGGAAGGGAAGGAGGAAGGGAAGGAAGGGUUGCAAAAACAUGGGAGGUUAGGAAUAGGAAUGGAUGGUGGGGGGAUGGUAAAGGAGGAUAUGAGGCUGGAGUGGGAUGAUGUGAGGGGGGUGUGGCGGCUUGGUGGUGGCGAGAAAGAGGCAAGAAUGGGUUUGGAUAGGCAAGUGGAAGGAGGCAAAGCUGGAGAGGAGAGGGGAGUAGAAGGAGGGGAGGGUGGUGGGGAGGGGGAGGGGUUUAAAGAUGAAGCGAGAGAGGAGGGGAUCGCUGGGGAGAAGGGAAGUCUAGGAGAGAAAGGAGGUGCAGGAACAGGGGAAGCGGUAGAAGAGGAGGGAGAAGGAAAGCGAGGGGGGGAACGAAGGGAAAUGGCGGAAUGGGAGGCAGGGAAGAAAGGGGUGAAAGAAGAGGGAGGGAUGAGUAGGGGGGAGGAGGAUGGAAUGGUUGUUGGAGAGGGAAGGGAUGGCGAUGGGGAUGGUCAGCAGGUAGUUGUGGCUGUAGAGGAGGGAAGAGAGGAGGGAAGAGAGGAGGAGGGAAGAGAGGAGGAGGGAAGAGAGGAGGAGGGAAGAGAGGAGGAGGGAAGAGAGGAGGAGGGAAGAGAGGAGGAGGGAAGAGAGGAGGAGGGGGGAGAGACUUUUGAGUCGACUCAAAAGAAUGGCGAUGGGGAUGGUCAGCAGGUAGUUGUGGCUGUAGAUGAGGGAAGAGAGGAGGAGGGGGGAGAGGAGGAGGGAAGAGAGGAGGAGGGAGAGAUGGGGGGAAUGGAGGAAGGAGAGAAGGAGGAAUUGGAGGGGCGAGAGGAGGGGGGAGAGGAACGAGAAGAGACGAGAGAGGAGCGAAGAGAGGAGGGGAGAGAUGAGAGGAGAGAGGAGGGGAGAGAUGAGGGGCUAGAGGAAGGGAGUGAGGGGAAUGAGGAAAAAGAGGAGGAGAAAUCCGAGAAGAUGGAGGGGAAAGACGAUAUAAAGGAGGAGAAAUCCGAGAAGAUGGAGGGGAAAGACGAUAUAAAGGAGGAGAAAUCCGAGAAGAUGGAGGGGAAAGACGAUAUAAAGGAGGAGAAAUCCGAGAAGAUGGAGGGGAAAGACGAUAUAAAGGAGGAGAAAUCCCAGAAGAUGGAGGGGAAAGACGAUAUAAAGGAGGAGAAAUCCGAGAAGAUGGAGCAGAAAGAGAAAGUGGGAGAGGAAGAGGAGAAAGUGGGGGAGAAGGAGGAGGGGAACGAGGAGAGGAAAGAAGUGAGAAAAGAGGAGAGGAAAGAGGAGAGGAAAGAGGAGACAGGAGAGGAGAGGAAAGAUGAAGGUGGAGAGGAAGAGAAGGUGGGGGAGAGAGAGGAGGGGAAAGAGGAGAGGAAAACGGAGAUGAAAGAGGAGAGGAAGGAGGAGAGGAAAGAGGAGAGGAAAGAGGAGAAGGAAGAUGAGGAGAGGAAAGAGGAGAGGAAAGAGGUGAGGGAAGAGGAGAGGGAAGAGGUGAGGGAAGAGGAGAGGGAAGUGGAGAUGAAAGAAGAGAUGAAAGAGGAAAGGAAAGAGGAGAGAGUAGAAGAGAGGGAAGAGGAGAGGGAAGAGGUGAAAGAGGGGACAAAAAAGGAGAGCAAAGAGGAGAUGAAAGAGGAGAGGAGGGAGGAGAGCAAUGAGGAGAGUGAGGCUGUGAGCAAGGCAGGUGCACGUGCACACACUGCUGAGAUCGCUCGUGAGGGCACUAAGGAGGGGACUCGUGAGGGCAGUCGCGAAAUGACUCGUGAGGGCGUUGGUGCUGCUUCUGUUGCUGUGAUGAUCCGGGAGACAUGUGAAGCGGGGCAUGGCAGUGAGGGCGGAAAGUCGGUGGUGUUUGAGUCCAGCCCAGAGGUGUGUAGAGAGGUGGGGAGUGGUGCGAAUGGGAGUGGUCCAGGGGAGAUAAGGGAAGAGGAGAUGGGGGAUGGGAAAGAUGGGAAGGGUGGGCAAGAAGCGAGGGGGAUUGAGGAGGGAAGGAAUAGGGAAGGGGAACAAGAUGGAAGGUCUGGGAAAGAGAGAGGAGGCGAGGAGGGGCAGGUUGAACUGGGGGAGGCGGUAUCUGAUAUUAGUGAGGGUCUUGGGGGUGCUUAUAUGGGGGGGCGGGCUGGAACGGCAGCGCAAACGAGACGCGGAGGAAGGAGGGGGGUUCAGGUGCGGGGCAAAGGGAAGGGGAAGCAGCAGAGGGGCACAAGGGGAGGGCAGAUGAAGUGGAGUAUGGAGGAGGAGGAAGAGGAGGAGGAAGAUGAGGAGGGGGGGUCACGUGAAGGGGGGUUGGAGCUGGUGACGGGGCCGAACGGCACUCGGGAGGCCACCAUUCUGUACCUUGACUCGCUUCCAGACAGCUCCAAGUCGCCUGCCAUCUACAGCGCAAUCAAGUUCUACCUGCAGGCUGAGUGGAUGAAGAGGAGCAAGGAGCCGUUGGAUCCCAAGAAGCCGCUGCAAUCUGGGCCGUUCAGCAAAGUGCGGGGGAAGAAAGUCAAGGUGCCAGCACAGGACAACGACUAUGACUGUGGCUGCUUCAUCCUCUGCUACAUCCAGAAGUUUGCUCAGAUGGCCGCUGCUCUCCCGCGCUCAGCCGAUGGCGUUGCAGACAAGCUGAGCAACGACUGGUUCCAGGCGUGUGAAGCAUCCUCUCUGCGCCGCCGGCUCUUCUCCAUCGUGGCUGGCAUGCUGCUGCCCCACCAACCCCCGCCGCAACCGCUCUCACCCCCCUCUCAACCGCUCUCAACUCCCGGUGCAGUGGGACUGGAUGCUGGGGAUGCUGUGAGCAGAAGGGAUGGUGGCACUCGCAUGGCAGGCAGUUUGGGGCAAGAUGACACCCGAGCCGAUACGCAAGACGACACCCAAGGCGACACUCAAGGUGACACUCAAGGCGGCAGCAGAGGGGGUGGUGAAGCGCUGGUUGUGUUUGGUGUAGAGAGGGGUGCUGAUGGGUUACCAGGAGAUGCGGUGGAGGGGAAAAAGAGAGAUGGUGCGGGGGAGAUUGAGAGAGAGCGGGGGGAGGGGGAAGAGAACGAUGGACGAAAGGAGGGAGAGGGAGGAGAAGGGCCAGUGAGGGGAAGAGCGCGAGGGGGGACGAAGCGGAAGAGAGUGAAACGCAGUGCCGGUUGGGGUGGGAGGAAAAGGGUCCAGAGGGGUGUGAAAGGGCCAGAGGGGGAGGGGAAGACGAAGCAGGCUGAGGGGGGGGAGAGGAGGAGGGAGGAUGAUGAGGAGGGGGGGAACGAGGAUGGGGAGGAGAGGAGGAGAGAUGGGGAUAGGGAGGAAAAGAGGAGAGACGAGGUGGGCAAGGAGGAGAGGGGUGGGGAUGGGAAGGGUAGAUGGGUGCUGAUAAGGCUUGCAGCAUCAAAAGAGGUGAUUCGAAUGGGAAGAGGGGGAGAUGAGGAGGACGGAGAGGUGGACGUUGGUGGGAUGGGGGAGGAGCAUCAGGAGGGGCUGAUAGGGGCUGGGGAAGAGGGAGAGGAGGGGCGUGGAGUGGGCGUAGAGAGAGGUUUGGAGGGAGGUGUGGAGGGAGGUGGGGAGGGAGGUGUGGAGGGAGGAGCAGGGGAGGAGGCGAGAGGCAUUGUAGCAGAGGAGAUGGAAGCAGCAGCUGGAGCAGCCGUGGCAGCAGCAGCGGCGGCAGCAGCUGUAGCUUCCAUGCGAGACUUUGUGAGGCGAGCACGCGCGGCUGCUGCUGCUGCUGCUGCUGCCGCAGCUGCUGCCGCUCCUGCUCCUGCUGCUGUUGCUCCUGCUUCUGUGAGGGAGGAAAAGCAGCAGGAACAGAAAGCAGCAGCAGAAACGAGAGGGGCAGGAACACUACCACGGACUAGCAUGGGAAUCAGUGUUCAGGAAUCCAAGACUGAGACGUUUCCGAAGCUCGAAUCAGGCUCGGAACCGGAGCAGCUGCUCAGCUUCGGCUCUGGUGAAUCUGAGUUGGACCGGUUGGUGAAGUUUGGGUUUGCGAGAGCACCACAGGGGCAGGGGCAGUGGCGGCGGCUAACAGGGUUUGCUGAACUGUUGAAGUGGAAUGGAGGGAGCGGUGGUGCUGAGACGAUGGAGGAAGGUAGAGCGGUGCAGUGGGGUGAGGGGGAGGGGCCGUGGCGGCAGUGGGUUGAGAGGUGGAAGGAGGGGAGAGGGGAUGGGAGCAGCAGAGAGGGGGAGAGGAUCGUUGGGACAAGGGUGGGAGGAGAAAGGGUGGGAGGAGAAGGGGUGGGAGGAGAAGGGGUGGGAGGAGCGGAGACAGAAGGGGCAGGAGGUGUAGAGACAGGAGGGGAAGAGACAGGAGGGGAAGUUGGGGAAGAGUCUAAGGAGGUUGAGGGGCUGACAGUGAAAGAAGGGAAGGGGAUAGUAACAACCAUGUGCAGGAGGGAGGAGGAACAGGAGGAGGAUGGUGUGAAGAAAGAAGAGGAAGGAAGUAGUGCAGAGAAGAGUAAGAUGGAAGAGAGUUGCUUCGUGGAGGGGUGCGGAAACUCCCCUGGGCGGGAAAGGGAGGUUGAGAGAGGGGAUGGGAGCAGCAUAGGUGGGGAGGAGCGGAAAAGGGAGGUUGAAAUCAAUGCUGUGAAGGAGGAGGGCUGUGAAGGCAGACUGGAGGAUGUGCGUAGGGAUGGGGCUGAGAAUGUGGGGGAUGAGAAUGUGGAUGAGCAUAUGGUUGGGUACGAGAUUGGGUAUGGUAUUGGGCAUGAAAUUGGAUACGAAAUAGGGUAUGGGAUAGGGCAUGAGGUGAGGAGUAUGGAGCAGGGGGGUGGGGCGGAAGAGGUGGAGAAGAAGGGGGAGGAGAUGGAGAGGAGUGGGGAAGAGGUAGAGAGGAGGGGAGGGAGUGCCAUGAAUUGCCGACCUUCGCAUGAGUGUGAGAUGGAGGGGAGGGAGAGAGAAGAGGUGGAGACGCAAGAAGGGGAGGGGGAGAGAGAAGAGGUGGGGACGCAAGAAGGGGAGGGGGAGAGAGAAGUGAUGGAGGCGCAAGAUGGGGACGGGGAGAGAGAAGAGGUGGAGACGCAAGAAGGGGAGGGGGAGAGAGAAGAGGUGGGGACGCAAGAAGGGGAGGGGGAGAGAGAAGAGGUGGGGACGCAAGAAGGGGAGGGAGAGAGAGAAGAGGUGGAGACGCAAGAAGGGGAGGGGGAGAGAGAAGAGGUGGGGACGCAAGAAGGGGAGGGGGAGAGAGAAGAGGGGGGGAAAUCAGAGGGUGGCAGGAAGAAAGAAGAGAAGCAAGAGGAGAGCAAGGAUCAGGUAGAGCAGGGGAAGGAAGCAGGGUCGAGCAAGGGAGGUGGGGAGAUGAGGGUGGAUGAUCGUUGUGAGGGUGAGGAAGAGAUGGAUGAUAAAGGAGGAGCAAGGGAAGAGGACAAGGGUGAGGGGGGAGAGGCACAGGAAGAGGGGAACGAUGAGAGGAGAGAGGCAAGGGAAGAGGAGGAGGAUGAGGGAGGAAAAGCAAGGGAAGAGGAUAAGGAUGAGGGAGGAGAAGCGAUGGAAGAGGAUAAGGAUGAGGGAGGAGAAGCGAGGGAAGAGGAUAAGGAUGAGGGAGGAGAAGCAAGGGAAGAGGAUAAGGAUGAGGGAGGAGAAGCGAUGGACAAUGAAGGGAGAGCUGCAGUUGGUAACAGGGAAUGGGCGAGUGAGACUAAAGCGAUAAAUGAAGGGGGUGAGGAGGGAAAGGAGGUGAAUGAAGGGCAUGAUGACGGCAAGGGGGUUAGUGAAAGGGGUGAGGAUGGGAAGGAGAUGAACCCAGAAGGUGAGGAGGAAAUCGGGGUGAAUGAAGGGGGUGAGGAGGAAAUCGGGGUGAAUGAAGGGGGUGAGGAGGAAAUCGGGGUGAAUGAAGGGGGUGAGGAGGAAAUCGGGGUGAAUGAAGGGGGUGAGGAGGAAAUCGGGGUGAAUGAAGGGGGUGAGGAGGAAGUGGAGGUGAAUCUAAAGGGUGAGGAGGAAGUGGAGGUGAAUCUAAAGGGUGAGGAGGAAGUGGAGGUGAAUCUAGAGGGUGAGGAGGUUAAUGAAGGGGUUGAGGAGGCGAAAGAAAUGAACAUGGUAGAUAUAACGGGUGAGGAGGAGAACGGAGGAGAGGAACAGGGAGGUAAAGACGGUGCUGGUGGUGGGAGAAGAACAGACUGGCAAGGGAGAGAGGUUGAGGGGGGAGCAGAAGUGGAGAAGGAAGAAUGUGAGCAGGGAGGAGGAGAGGGCAUGCAUAUGGUGGGUGAAGCAGAGGGGGAAGCAGUGGAGGAUGCAGUGGAGGAAGCAGCGGAGGAAGCAGCGGAGGAAGCAGUGGGAGAAGCAGCGGAGGAAGCAGUGGAGGAAGCAGCGGAGGAAGCAGCGGAGGAAGCAGCGGAGGAAGUAGCGGUGGAAGCAGCGGUGGAAGCAGCGGAGGAAGCAGUGGAGGAAGCAGCGAAGGAAGCAGCGGAGGAAGCAGUGGAGGAAGCAGCGGAGGAAGCAGUGGAGGAAGCAGCGGAGGAAGCAGCGGAGGAAGCAGCGGAGGAAGCAGCAGAGGAAGCAGCAGAGGAAGCAGCGGUGGAAGCAGCGGUGGAAGUAGCGGAGGAAGCAGCAGAGGAAGCAGCGGAGGAAGCAGCGGAGGAAGCAGCGGAGGAAGCAGCGGAGGAAGCAGCGGAGGAAGCAGCGGAGGAAGCAGCAGAGAAAGCAGUGAGGGAAGCAGCGGAGGAAGCAGCGGAGGAAGCAGCGGGGGAAGCAGUGGAGGAAGCAGUGGGGGAAGCAGUGGAGGAAGCAGUGGGGGAAGCAGUGGAGGAAGCAGUGGGGGAAGCAGUGGGGGAAGCAGUGGAGGAAGCAGUGGGGGAAGCAGUGGGGGAAGCAGUGGGGGAAGCAGUGGAGGAAGCAGCGGAGGAAGCAGCGGAGGAAGCAGCGGAGGAAGCAGCGGGGGAAGCAGUGGAGGAAGCAGCGGAAGAAGCAGCGGAGGAAGCAGCGGAGGAAGCAGCGGGGGAAGCAGCGGAGGAAGCAGCGGAGGAAGCAGCGGAGGAAGCAGCGGAGGAAGCAGCGGAGGAAGCAGCGGAGGAAGCAGUGGGGGAAGCAGUGGGAAGGAAGAGAAGGCGGCUUGAUCAGAGUGUUGCUAUUAGUUCUGAUUGUGCCGGCCCAUCAAUCAAACCUGGCGCUGUUGCUUAUGGUUCGGAAACUAGUCCUGGUGACCAUGCGCGUCAUGAUGGUAGGCUCGGUAGAAAUAGGCUCGGUGAGAAUAGGCUCGGUGAGGAUAGGACCGUCAGCAGCAGCCUCGGUGUUACCAGCAGCAGGCCUGUGCGAAAGGCAAGUCUUGGCAGGUUCGGGUUUGGCCGAACCAGGCUGGAAGAGGGGCUCAGGUUCGGGGAGGAAAUGUCGCCGGUGCUGGUGCUUCACAGGCUCGGUAGCCAUCCCAAGGCUCCCCGAAGCAAGCGUCCUCGGAAGUCCAGGUUCGGAAAAGAACCACAACAAACCUGCGAAGAAUCGGGUACCGUGAGGAGGUCCGGCAGAGGUUCAGGGGGUCGCAAGAGGAAACGAAAUAAUAAUUCUGGAGAACCCACUUCAGGCAAUCGUGGAAAAGCUGCUGCUGACAGUAAGGGAGAGGCUUAUAAUGAGACUGAAUCAGGAAGAGGGAUGAGUGAGGGAGUGCUGGCACAUGCAGCAGGGAGAAUGGAAGGCAGGGAGGCAGCAGGGAGAGGGGAAGAGGGAGAGGCAAGAGAUGGCAAGAGAGUGAAUGUUGGAGAGAUGGAAGCAGUGACAGGAGACGGUGUUCGAUCCACAUGUGUCAACGCCCGCAUGGGCCCUCUUGAUUCCAGUCCGCCUGCUGCCUUGGCCUUGGAACACCGCUCUCCCCUUCCUCUGCCCCUGUUGGUCCCUCCUUCUUCCCGCCCUCUGCCCCUGUCUGCCCCUUCUCCCCGCCCUCGCCUCCUGGUGCUCCCCUCACUCGUUUCUCUGCCACUGCCUCGUCCUCUUGCUCACCCCACUCCUCCUCCUCCUGCUCCUCCUCCUGCUGCUUCUACAGAUGCUACUGCUAUUCCUGCCUCUCCUUUACCGCACUCCUCUCCAUCCCUCCACUCCCCUUCGGCCCCCCACCCUCCUCCAUCCCCCCACCCUCCUCCAUCCCCCCACCCCCCUCCAUCACCCACUCCUAUCGCCCCUAGCUCGCCUCCUCCUCCUUCUCCCUCUCCUCCUGUGCCCACUCCAUCAAUCGCUGCUCUAACGGAAAGACACACUGUGACUGAAGACGGGGUGACAGCAGUGAAGUCCGAACCUGUCCCUUCUGCCCCUCACUCUCCUGCUCUGCUGCCCACUCCAUCAACCGCAACCGCUGCUGCUCCAAAGGAGGACAGUCACACUGUGACUGAAGAACGGGUGACAGCAGCGAAGGUCGAGCCACCUGCUGUGACUGCAGGCAUUGAACCUGCCUCUGUGACUAUAAGGGAUGAGAAGGACGAGCCUGCUGGUGUGGCUGCAGUCCUUGAACCCUCUGCUGUGACUGUAAAGAGAGAGAUCUCCGAGCCUGCCACUCUGACUGCUGACCGUGACCCCAUCAAUGUGACUGUAGAGGGUGAAAAGGAUGAGCUGCCUGCUGUGACUGUACAGAGUGUGAUGGAUGAGGACAAUGAGAAGGAUGGAAAGGAUGAGAGGGAUGAACCUCCCGCGAUGACUGCAGGCCUUGAACCGGGCGCUGUGACUGUAAGCGAUGAGCUGCCUGCUGUGACUGAAAAGGAUGAGCCAGCUGCCGUGACUGUAGAGAGUGUGAUGGAUGAGGCCAAUGAGAAGGAUGACAACGAUAUGAAGGAUGAGAAGGAUGAGAAGGAUGAGCCGCUUGCAGUGACUGCAGCCCUUGAACCGUCCACUGUGACUGUAAUGGAUGAGAAGGACGAGCCUGCUGCUGUGACUGUAAGGGAUGAGACGGAUGAGCCGCCUGCAGUGCCUGCAAGCCUUGAGCCUGCCUCUGUGAAUGUACAGGAUGGGACGGAUGGGCUGCCUGCUGUGACUGAAAAGGAUGUGCCACCUGCUGUGACUGCAGAGGAUGUGAAGGCUGAGACCAUUGAAAAGGGCGAGCCUCCCGCUGUGUCUGCGGACUGUGAUCCCACUGCUGUGAAGGAUGAAAAGGAUGAAAAGGAUGAGAAGGAUGAGAAGGAUGAAAAGGAUGAGAAGGAUGAAAAGGAUGAGAAGGAUGAGAAGGAUGAAAAGGAUGAAAAGGAUGAGAAGGAUGAGAAGGAUGAGAAGGAUGAGUCACCUGCUGUGACGGAUGAGCGCCCUCCUGUGGCUGUCAAGGAUGUGCCACCUGCAGUGCCUCUAAAGCUUGCACCCUCCCCUGUGGUUGUAAAGGAUGAAGCUGCUGACACCGAUAACACACCUCCACUACCUGCCGCACGUUGCCGGCCAUUUGCCGGGCGGCGCACGGUGGCCCACGGACUCAUAAUCAGAUCGGGCGUCUCAGCAACAAGGAAGGAGAAUCGCAACACUCUAACCACCGGCCAACCGGGCGGCGCACUGUGUCUUAUGCCCCCCCUUGGAGUUCACUCACCUGCCGAACCUUCCAGGCUGCCUGGGCUUUCCGUCGCGGCCCUGGAGGAUCGGAAGGACAAGGGUCGGAAGGAUGACUCACCUGGUGCUUAUGAUGCCCUGCAGCAGCAGCAGACUGCAUCCCCUGUGGUUCUUGCUGCUACCAGGGUUGCACAAGACCCUGGUGUUUCACCUGAGUCUCUGUUGCAACCUGGUGAUUUACCUGAGGGUCAGAUUCGCCAUGAAGAGCAGCCAGGCUGUCAGAUUCCAGCAGAGGCAGCAGCUGAGGGAAGGACCGAUGGCGUGGCAGAAGGGGGUCCUGCCACAUCAGCAGCACCUGAUUCGAUCACACCUGCCAUGUCAGCGGAGCCCGACAAAUCGUCCACGUCAGCAGAGCUUGGCAUGCCAUCCUCGUCAGCAGACCCUGUCGCUGCUGACAUGCCAGCAGAGCUGGUUGCUGCGUGCCUGGGAGCCAAUCGCGUGCUCCGAUCACGGAAAGCAGCGCCGCCAGCAGCAGCAGCAGCAGGAGGAGGAGGAGCAGCAGAAGCAGGAGGAGCAAGAGGAGUAAAGGCGACUGCAGGAGUGAAGUCAGAAGUAGGAUGCAAGGCAGGAGGAGAUGCAUUGAAGACACCACCACAACGGGGCCCAAGCUAA